CGAAUGCGUCCGGAAGCACCUCGGGAGCCGACGUCGCGACUGUUGACUUACACGCAAAUCAGGACUCGAGCGAUGCGGCCCUGGAAAUCGUCAGUCGAGCCGGCGACAGCGGGUCUCACACAGGCAACGAAGGUUCGCCUGGGAACAGCAUUGAGAAUUCAGACGACCGCACGCUAGGCCGCGCACUAGAACUUGACCCGUUUGGCGAGCCCGUCGUCGGAAGUGAAAACUUCACAACCGGUGAACAAGCGUCAGCAGUAG